AUAUACUUGAAAAAAAUAAAAAAUUCUUUAUAAAUAAUUUUUUGUUAUACAAAAUGUCAAAAAUCUACUUAAAAGAAACAGAUAUGGAAACUUACACAAUUUUUAUUAAUGUAUUAUUACUAUAAAUGAGAAAAACGCAAACCGUUUUAUUUUUUUAACUUGGCCGUAAUGUAUCUCCAGAAUCGAUUAGUCAGAUUUAAAAUACAAACAUUUAAAAUUGACUGUAUUAGGUAUGUGAAAAGUUUUUUAAAAUAUUCUGAUUCUAAAGAGCUACUCUAAUAGAAACUGUUAGAAAAAUCAAUAAAUCAUAUCAGCUGCUGCCAGAGAAAAAAUGAGCCAAGACCGUGUUAAGCCUAAACAUAAAGGUUUUGCAAGUUUUCUGUUGCCUAAUAAGCCUCCCAAUAAAGUAGGAGUUACCGUAAAUAGGACUCAAAGCGCGAAGGAACCUAGCUUAAAAAACUUGACACAUUCCGAAGCAAAUAGUUCAAUUAAAAUUUCCAAAAGACCUUUAAGUUUCGACACUAAAAAUGGAUCGGUCAUGAAUAAUGACUUGCUGGCCCCACCUACUAGUAUUUUGAAGAGGGAAAACAGUUUAUCAGACAGUCACUUGUUUUCUGAAGAUAUUGAGAAUUCAAAUUUAGAUAAACCUUUAGAAAAAUAUGGUUCUCAUGAGAGUGUUCUAAAAGAAAAUGUUAGCACUUUACAUCCUAUUCCUACAAUAAAAGCUAGAGAAAGGAACUUUCUGCAUGGAAAAAUUGGUGCAAAUUCUCUUCUAGGAUCCCCUGAGUUGGAUAGAAUUUGUCCAAACAGGGAAAUAACUAUAUUUGUGGGAACAUGGAACAUGAAUGGGCAUUCUCCACCUAAGGAAUUGAAUGACUUUGUUCUGCCUAUCGGAAUAAAACAUGUUCCGGACAUAUUAAGUUUUGGAACUCAAGAGUCCUGUUCAGAGAAAUUUGAAUGGGAGGUGUCUUUACAGGAAACUAUCGGACCAUCACAUAUACUCUAUCAUUCUACCAGUUUAGGAACUCUACAUCUGUGUAUUUUUAUUCGGCGCGACUUGAUAUGGUACAUUUCCGUGCCGGAAGAUGCCAGUUUAUCUGUCAGACCGGGCAGCGCAUUUCGCACCAAAGGCGCCGUUGCCAGUUCUUUUAUGAUUUUCGGAACUUCGUUUUUGUUUGUAACUGCGCAUUUGACGGCGCAUCAGGAAAAAGUCAAGGAACGCGUCAGCGAUGUAAAGAGAAUAGUUAAUUCCUUGGAUUUGCCCAGAGUUCUUCCAUGCAAAAAUAAAAACAAAGACGUGACUCAAAAUUUCGACUACGUUUUCUGGUCAGGAGAUUUGAAUUUUCGUCUGGCCACGCCCAGAAGCAAAGUGUUGGAGUGGCUGUCAAACACUAGUUUCCCCCUACCGUCGCAUCUACCUCAUGGAUACAUGCACUAUGACCAAUUGUGCACUGUUUUAGCCGAUGGUGCUGCAUUUAGGGGAUUUUCAGAAGCCAAGAUAACUUUUCCACCAACUUAUAAGUAUGAUCCAGGCACUCAAAACUUUGAUUCCUCAUCCAAACAAAGAACACCAGCCUAUACGGACCGGAUCCUCUACAAGCAAAAGAACGCCAGAAGGCUUAGCGGAGCCCUAGAAAAUCCACCUUUACAAUGUUUGGUGUACGAUUCAGUUCCGAGCAUAACCAGUUCAGAUCACAAGCCGGUUUGGGGCGUUUUCAAGGUCCAUUUGAGACCGGGACUUGACACAAUACCAUUGGCAGCGGGAAUGUUUAAUAGGGAAGUGUACUUGGAGGGUUUGAAAAGAAGGGCUGAAACCUUGAGUAAGAGAAAGGAGGCGAGCACUGUUUGCUCUCUGCAAUAAUCUAGACAAUCAAAAAACUUCACUUUCAAUCAAAAAAUCGCCGCGUUCCUAAGUAUCUCCCUUAUUUAGAA